AUGUUCAUUUUAUUUCUUGUAAUAAGCGUCGCAAGCUGCGUGAAGAGCACCACCUACAUAGACAUCAAUCCUCACAUAGAGACGCCCAUCUAUGACACUCGUCCUCUGAGCGAACAAAUGGAGAUGAUCGAUCUACUGGACUUGGGCGAUCGUCCGCGGCGUCAGGCACAACCGAAUCUGCACAAUUCUGCCUCGAAAUUCCUGCUGGAAGUCUACAAUGAAAUCAACGAGGGCCAAGAGCCCGAAGAGGUGCUCCAUCAGCGGCACAAGCGAUCCCUGGAUGAUGACAUACUGAUAUCCAAUGGGGAUCGCCAGGAGAUUGCCAGCUGCAACAGCAUUCUAACAUUUUCGAGUCGUGUCAAGCCAGGGGAUCAUGCGAAUGACUUGGAUCUGCAAAUAACCUUCAAUACGAAUGAUGUGCCCGUGGAUUUGGCACUCGUUCAGGCCAUGUUGCGGGUCUACAAACAGGAGAGUCUGGUGGACAGGAGGGACAACUUGACGGUGUCUGUUUACAGGAGACUCGACAAUCGUCAGGAUUUCUCCUACCAGAUCCUGGGCUCCGUCAACACCACAACCAGCCAUAGAGGAUGGUUGGAGUUCAAUCUGACGCCCACCCUGCGCGCCUGGCUGCAGCAGGGAAGGAGUCCCCAGCAGCGUCACGAGCUUCGCUUCUCCAUUGGCGACUCUCACCUGAGCACCUUUGCUGCCGGCUUGGUGCCCCCCGCGGCCAGUCGCUCCAGCCAGGAGCCCUUCAUCGUGGGCUACUUCAAUGGACCCGAACUCCUGGUGAAAGUACAGAAGCUUCGCUUCAAGCGGGAUCUACAGAAGCGCAGGGCCAACAGUCCGCCGCCAAAACGGCCGCCGCCACCACCCAUGGACCUGUACAAGCCCCCACAGUCCUGUGAGCGUCUGAACUUUACGGUGGACUUCAAGGAGCUGCAGAUGCACAACUGGGUUAUUGCCCCCAAGAAAUUCGAGGCAUACUUCUGCGGCGGUGGCUGCAACUUUCCGCUGGGCACCAAAAUGAAUGCCACAAAUCAUGCCAUCGUCCAGACCCUGAUGCACCUGAAGCAGCCGCAUCUGCCGAAGCCCUGCUGUGUGCCCACUGUUUUGGGCUCCAUUACCAUACUGAGAUAUUUGAGUGAGGAUAUAAUCGAUCUGACCAAAUACCAGAAAUCGGUGGCCAAAGAGUGUGGCUGUCACUAG